AUGUCGCAGCCAAUGCUUUGUCUGAAGCCGGAGACUCUAUGUGGGGAAAUCCCCAAGGCAAAGCCGCAUCUGCUCCCCUGCCGCGUGCAUUACAACGGUUCUGUGGAGCCAACCCAGUCUUUCUGGGACCCCAAGACCGGCGAGGACGGCAUCAGCACAGCUUACUUCCGCGGCCGCAAGCUCCAAGGCAGGACCGUGAAGCUUCCCGACGGGUGCCGAGGUGUUGUGGCAGCCACGUCUGCGGCCGAGGAACCGUCCAGACGGCCCGAGGAAGCUGACGUUAUCGACCUGGAAGCGGAGACGCCUCAGGCGAGUCUGCAGGUGCAGGCCGAGUUCGACGAAAUAGUAGUCUGGGCCCAUGAAGCCGCCGUGGAUGCCUCUGCUGACCCGUACAUGAGGGGCGUGGAGGAGUGGGUGGCACUCGCGGAGAAGAUCCACUCAUAUGCUGCUCCCGCACCGAAGGAGAAGUGA